AUGGCAACAGAGUCCACCAAACGGCCCAAGGGCCGGGAGCGACCUCCCGUUGAAAGAUCCAGCGGCGAGUGGCCCUUUAGGGCUGCAACUAAUGACGUCAAGCUUCGCGUCCUCGAGGAGGAGAACGAGAAACUGCAAUCUCUGCUUGCUGAUUGCACGGGAAAAGUGCAAGUGCUCCAAGGGGAAAUUGCUAGGCUCAAGCAUCAUCGCGAGAUGAAAUCAAAUGAAUUGCCAAGCUCUCCGUCUGGCAACGACAACAUAGGUUCGGCAGAGGAGCAAGUCGACAGCCUCAAGAUGCUGCUGGAAAGACUGUGGGCGCAUUUUCAAGAGUUGCAGAAAAGGUACGAGCAAAAGGAUGGAGAGCUACUGAGAGCCAUAGCUGAAUCGCGCAGACAUACGGAGGAAGAAAAAGAGGCACUGGCGCAAAUGAGAAUUCAGUGCAGUGGUUCAGUCCCGCUGGAAAAGCUGGAGAACAUCCUUUCACAGUUCAAGAGUGGAAACCAAACUGCUCAAGAGCAUGAGAAACCUUCGUGCCAGAAUUGCAGAGCCCUCACGGACACUGUGAAAGCACAGACUGAAGAGCUGAUCACUUCCAGACAGAACGCAAAGCUUCUGCAGAAGAGGCUGGACGAGGAGCGCCGCAACAUGCAGAUUUCUGCCAACUCUCUCCGUGUCAAGGACACCAUAAUCCAGGAGUUGAAGCAAGCACUGUCUCGGGCAGCUGCAGAGGAGCAUAUACCGUGGGACAAGGCGAAACUUAAGAAGACCUUGCACGUCGCAAUGCUGACAAUCAACUCUUUACAGGCGCUCAUGCGACAAAAGGAGGCCACUAUAGAACGCUACCGAGCAUGUGUAGCCAGCUUGCGCAGCGAGAUGCAGCAACAGAAUCAGAAACUAUCAGCUGAGGCGCACGUCCUGCGUGUAAAGCUGCUGGACACAGCAUCUGUCCGGGAAAAGUCUCAACAAGACGGCGACGAUGCUGCCCACGACAAGCCGCGCCACUUCCAGGACAAGCUGGAUCAACUACGCGCACUGGACGAGGCACACAGGGAAGCCGUGCGAAUACUCCUGCUUGAGGCAGCAAAAGUGGCACCGGGUCCUGCACCAGCGAUACAAACGAGACCUGCCUCUAGCGUGGAAAGACCCCUCUCCCCUAUCGGCACCCUGCCUAAACCAAAUUUGCAGUCAGCUGGUCGUCCAGCCGAUGUUCCAUUUGACAGGGAAGUACAGCCGGAGCAGAUCACAAAGACGUCUACAAUGUUCCACGACACCGUGAUUUCACUCCAGAAGGUUAUCGAGGAGAAAGAUUCGGUGAUCGUUCAGAAAGACGAACAGAUCGCUGCCCUAGAAGGGAGGCUGGCUGAACUUCACAGCAAGCUGGAAGAAGCUGCCAAAAGAAAAGACUUGGGAAGCCUCGUGCACGUGCUGAAAUCGCAAGUCGACGAUAAAGAAAAGCAGCUGAAGGCACUGAGUCAAGCUCUGGUGGAACUGCGCACAGAAAUGAUGCGGGCCGUAGAGCUCCACACCGUCGCUGCCAGUAGUGGGGCCGAGGACAGCAGGGACACGGCGCAACUGCAGAACGAACUGCGAGCUGCGCAAGAGAGAGAACAUUUUCUCGAGGAUGAAGUUCGCCUCCUUCGAGAGGAGAACGAAGCAUUGAAAGAAAAACAUCGAAAAGCCCAAGAGGAAAGGUUGCGGACGACGAAGCUCCACAAGGCUCCCACAAGACGUGGGACGUAGCCAACCCUGUGGACUGGAAGGCGGUCGAAUUAUCACUGCAGCUCGGGAUAUUAUUCCAGGAUUGCUGACGCACCUUAUGAACAGCCUCGUCCGGUUAACACUUCCAAAUGAUCUUGAGAAACCAUAGAAAGCAGGCAGUGUCUUCAUUCUGUUCUACAACAUAAAUGUACAAUUCACUGCGUGGUCAAGAAGUCAGGCGACACUCUGUACUUUAUCGACACACCGCGUUCUAGAAUAAAUGACUUCUGUGUCUCAAGCCGUAUUUUUAAAUGCGAAGGAAUUGUUCGAAAACCGAAUGCACUUCGAGAGU